AUGAAAAACUCGACAGCUAUUCCACACAAAGAAGAAUCGAAUGAAUAUGAUCCGGUAGUGGGAACGUCUACAGAUCUACACAAACCCGUUGUGGAAUCGUGCUCACUUGAAAUAUGUGAUUAUAUCCAGGACAAGAAAGCCUCACCAAUACCGGUAGCCCUCGUGCAUCCUCUACCAGCUUCUCCUACAGGAAUCUGGGUCAGAAAGAAACCGAAAAGAAAGUUGGGUUCCGUCAUGUUCAAGAAUGAGUUCCUAUUUCCGAGCAAAGAAUUGGAGACUCCACAAAAAAGCCCGGUUUCCGAUCGAAAAGACGCAAUUGAACAGCUGAUUUUGGAGUUGGUGAGCGAUCCAAUGGAUGACGAAAAGUCUCCGGAAAAACUUAUGAAGCCAUCACGACGUUCUCAUUCGGAAACUCGAACAAACGUGGAACGGCCGAAAUUGAAAGUGUCAGAAGAUGACAGCCUACUUCACCGUCUCAAGCUGAACUAUUUCAAUUCACCUGACUAUACUGUCGCCGAGUUACGGGAAAUUAACUCCGACUGA